AUGACCAACAUUCGUAAAACCCACCCAUUAACCAAAAUUAUCAACAACUCAUUCAUUGAUCUACCUGCUCCAUCAAACAUCUCAGCAUGAUGAAACUUCGGGUCCCUACUCGGAAUCUGCCUAAUUCUUCAAAUUCUUACAGGCUUAUUCUUAGCCAUACACUACACAUCAGACACAGCUACAGCCUUUUCAUCAGUCACUCAUAUUUGCCGAGACGUUAAUUAUGGUUGAAUCAUUCGAUAUAUACACGCAAAUGGAGCUUCCAUAUUCUUUGUUUGCUUGUUCCUACAUGUAGGACGAGGCUUAUAUUAUGGAUCUUAUAUAUUUCCUGAAACAUGAAAUAUUGGUAUCAUCUUACUAUUCACAGUAAUAGCAACAGCAUUCAUAGGUUACGUAUUACCAUGAGGACAAAUAUCAUUUUGAGGUGCAACCGUAAUUACCAAUCUACUCUCAGCUAUCCCAUACAUCGGAACUAAUCUUGUAGAAUGAAUCUGAGGGGGAUUUUCAGUAGACAAAGCCACCUUAACACGAUUCUUCGCCUUUCACUUCAUCCUGCCAUUCGUCAUCUCAGCACUAGCAGCAGUUCACCUAUUAUUCCUCCAUGAAACAGGAUCCAAUAACCCCUCUGGAAUCCCAUCUGAUUCAGACAAAAUCCCCUUUCACCCCUACUAUACCAUUAAAGAUAUCCUAGGCGCCCUAUUCCUCAUUUUAACACUAACACUACUAGUAUUAUUCUCACCUGACCUGUUAGGAGACCCAGACAAUUAUAUUCCUGCUAACCCACUCAACACACCUCCCCAUAUCAAACCUGAAUGGUACUUCCUAUUCGCAUAUGCUAUCCUACGAUCCAUCCCUAAUAAACUAGGAGGAGUACUUGCCUUAGUUUUUUCUAUUCUAGUUCUAGCUAUCAUUCCCCUACUGCACACCUCAAAACAACGAAGCAUGAUAUUCCGCCCACUAAGCCAGUGCUUGUUCUGAUUACUAGUAGCUGAUCUCCUUACACUAACCUGAAUCGGCGGCCAACCAGUAGAACACCCAUUCAUUACUAUCGGCCAAUUAGCUUCAAUCCUCUAUUUCAUAAUCCUCCUAGUCUUCAUGCCAAUCGUCAGUAUUAUUGAAAAUAAUCUAUUAAAAUGAAGA